AUGUCCGUCGGUCGCAAGGUUUUUCAUUGUGUGGUGGAUGAUACCGCCUUAGCCGCCAGUGUUGGCGAUAUCAAAAAAUGGACUUCGCAGGGUGCCAUCACCCUCAUCGUACCUCUCUAUACUCUUGAACGUCUUCGCGCCCUUAGAAAGGCUCCAUCCCAGACCGGUGCAAAUGCCCGCGAAUCGGUUCGUUUCCUCGAUCGUGUCACUUCCGGUAAGCAUAGUAUUCCAGCAUCCAAAGUUGCGCUCCAAGGGCCAAUGGAACAGUUUGAUACUUGGGAAGAAGCGGAGAAAUACCUUUUGCCGGAGUUCAAGGAGGAGGUUGUCGACAGUUGUCGCGCCUCGGGCCCUGCUGCCCCAGCUCACGCGACUACCGUCGAACCAGAGCAGAAACAUGUCGGGGACAAUGGACCUAGAAUUGUCGGGAAUAUCGACGAUCUCAACGAGAUGUCUCAGAUGCUACUUAGCAAGCUGAAUUUUAAGAAAAAUGUAGAUACUAUAUCUGCACUUUCUGCCGGAACUCCGAGCCCUCCUGCAUCUCCAACGACUGCCAGUUCGCAUCCAAGUCCGGAAUAUGCUGCUCGUCAGCCUGGAGGAUCCCAAGAAAAUGAAAACAAUCCGGUCGGGGAAGACGACGAAAGCGAACCUGUAUUCGUGAACCCGAUUGUUCCGGAAGACAUUAAACCUCUCUUGAAUGCUAUUCUUUGGAGACUCCAUGCUCACCCAGACGCUGCUACUGCCACAUCUAGUUGCAUUCUCGUUACACAUAACCGUCACACUCAGAGCUGGGCCCAGAAGUUUGGUAUUACGGUCAAAACCAUUCCGCAGCUCCGAACUUCUAUAAUCUAUGAAGAAAAGGAAUUCAAGAAUCAUUGCAAGUAUCUGGAAAAGAACUCUACCACCGAACCGAAGCCCCUUCUCUCCUACGAUGACGAAAGUGACGAAGAUGUCCUUGUGUUUGUGCCACGUGGCCAGGCAAAGACUGCGGCUAUGGGGCCUAGUGGGCGAACCAGCAGCAGUGCUUCACCUGCUAUUCACCGAAUUGCAAACGGCAAUGUCAAUGGGGGCACCAGACUCAAAGGCAAUUCGGCUUCGGAUCCGCAGGUCGAAGUUCCUUCUGUUCCAAUCGAUCCUGACUCCUUUAACCGCAAUUUUGGAGUCACGAAGCAGCAAGGUAUCGUCAAUCCGAAUACCACUAACAGCAUUAAUCGCGGGCCGCCUGGCCAUCUUCCUCGACCUGGCGGUCCUGGUCGCCGUGGAGCUCCACGAGGUGGCAUGUUCCGAGGCACCGGUCGAGGCCGCGGAAAGCUCUGGGUUCCUUGAUUCAAUGCAGAUUUCCGGUAACCUUUCUUACCAUGAUGGGUUGUUGGAAAGUGGCAUGUUUAUUUUAAUCAUCGAGAACUCUUCCACGAUCACAUACCAUCAGGGCGGGGGUCAACGACGACAAUGUCUCAACCGCCAGAUGUUGAAAUCUCGAUCCGAUUUCCUCGAACAUCCCCAAGGAUAGGAUGUUCAUUUCCCCCCUUUUUUCUCGAAAUCGCGAACCAAGGUGACGUUUUAAGGCAUUUUGCGGCGCAUAGCAAUGCAUAUAUGUGACUUUCGCGAAAAAGAAAACACACGACGACGCCCACUCUAUCGAAAAUCGAAACAGUAAGGCAUCACUUCUCGACUUCACGUUGCGUUUCCAAGUUUUCCGCGCGCGUUCUUUUAGGGAUGGGACCACGGAUGAAGCUCGUGACGAUGUGUUCGACAACCCAAUUUUCAUUUCUUUGCAACAUUCGGGUCUCUUUAAUCCGGUGCGGUGAAAAGAGCUAAAGUGACUUGAAGCAGUGGCUAGCCACACUCGAUCGAAGUUCUUAUUUUAUUUUUAUUUUGUUUUGCUACUGCAUAUGCUGUUUGAUGGUGCUUUUUGUAGAAAUACAUAUUUGGGUUGUUGUUAGUUGUGAAGACAACUUAGGAGGGGCUAAUAUGGGUGGUGGAAAUCAACAUGCAUCAAGUCACGAUUCGUUCAGUGCCCUUCAGCUUUUCCCUUCUGCUGUUGUCCCUCAACAUAACUAAUCUGCACUUGAACAUUGGACCUCAGUGAAUGCUUGGCAUGAACCUCUUCCCUUCACAUAUUCCUUCAGAAUAUUCAAAA